UAUUGAGAAAAAUAGUAGAUUGUUUAAAUAGAAGCUAAUACCUACGGAAAUUGGGAGAAAAUUAAUUAAAAUAUAAACAUGUCCGAAAACUCCGCAGUUCCAGUUGAGGAUGUCAACAAUAAUUCAGAUAAUGGACAGGUACCUCCACAGCAAGAACAGGAACAACAUGUGCAGGAACAACAAAGUAAUGAGCUCUUGGAUAUAGUUUUCACAUUAGAGAGUGAAAAACAGGCAUUGAUAGAGGAGUCACGCAAGAGAAUAUCUGCAAUUCGUAGGGAAUUGGAGCAAAGCUUAAGUGAAAAUGAACAACUAAAACGGAGGAACACGCAAUUAGAACAAUCAUUAAAACAGUCGGUUAUGUUGGGAGGUGUGGACGCACCCAAAUCCCGACAAGAACAGGAGGAAUUACUGUUGAAAGCUAAAACUUUGCUCUUUGAAAAGACCAAAGUAUGCAAACAGCAAGAACAACAAAUUGAAGUGCUAAAAACACAGGUGGAGGCAAUGAAGGAUGUAGUACAGGUAACUAAAGAUAUGCUGAAUUUAAAGACCGCCGAAUGUGAUCACAUGCAAGUGCGAUUGGAAAAAUCACAGCAGUGGAUUAAGGCAGAGAAGGAUAAAUGUAUCUUAACAGAAAAAAAAUUGGAUAUUUCGAAGGGAGUAUAUGAAAAACUACGUGCCGAAUACGAUAUACAGUCGAAAAUUUUUAAGGAUUUGAAGGAGGUUUAUGAACAAAAAAUUAAGGUCCUCAGCGCAGCGUUGGAAGAGGCUAAGAAAAAAUAGUUAGCUGUUCGCUAGUAUUGUGCUGCAAAUAUAUACAAUAUUAGAUUUUUGCAUAUGUAAUUAAUUCCCCCCAUUUAACAAAAAUAUUUGAAGCAUGUACAAUAUAGGUAACAAUAACAAUUU